AUGAUGAACGAAGCCGCCAGCGAGCCGUCAGAAACACUACAAAGUCCGAUACGACCGAUGACCUCAUUGGAGACGGCCACCACCCCGCUAACACCACCAACUCAGACGGUUGGCAUGACUUCUGAUAUAUCAUCAUCCGAUGGCCCGUCACCUUCUUUCAUAGCGGCUCCGCCUUUUGUUACGCUCCAGAACCAUAUACCAAUACCUAAUCUAAAAAACACAUCCCCGCCGUUGUUCCCCAACAUCGGAGGAACCAAUUCAUUUACUCCGCCUCCUCUACCAUUGUUUUUCCCAACACUGGCAGACCAAGUAACACUGGUCACAGUCUAA